AUGUGCCAAAGGCCACAGUGGGACACAGACCUUCAGCUGACACCAGACCAGGAGAAUUUCAAAAAGAAUGAAGAAGUGAUGCUGAGCUGCCCUGAGGGUUUCAAGCCAUCCUUCAGCCAUGUCAAAUGUGCAACGAAGGUCCUGUCCAGCACCAACAGGAAACCUGUAUACACAGACUCAUGGGAGGGAAGGGACAUCAGAGGGAACUGGAUCCCCAUCAAGUCCAGAGUGGAGUGCAUCGAUGUCCUCCAGGUUAUCCCUGGGACCUUGGAGACUUCCAGCACCAGCAUCAAACUGAACUGGACCUGCAGGCUCCCUGACACCUGCCAGGAAAUGCUGGCCAUGUGCCGGCUGGCAGAGCACUCCUCAGCUCCCUGUGAGGCUGAGGAGGUGAAGGGAGAGGAGAGGCUACACGGCCAGGAGGGAACAUUCACUUGUCAGUCUCUUCAGCCUUUCACUCUCUACAGUGUCACCAUCUCCCUGCCCCCUAGCACCAUCCUGUACUCCUGGUUGGCCAGAACAGAAGAAACAGUGCCAGAUGCACCCGAGGACUUGCAGCUGGAUCCCAGCACGGGGUUCCUCAGGUGGAAGGCGCUGCCCCCAUGCAAAGGGGAGAUCCUUGGAUACCAGGCGGAGCAGUUCACCUGUGUGUGCUACAGCUUCUCCCUGGAGCCGGAGCUGGUGCCUCUGCCGGGCAGGAUGCACGUGGUUAUUGGAGUAGCAGUAGUAAUUGCACUUCUGGCACUGGGAAUUUUGCUGCUCUUCCUGCUUUUCAGGCGAACGUACAACAGUUCAGAAUCCUCAGAGACCAGCAGUGCAAUUCCCCUGCGAAUGUAUCGAGGAGGUGUGUGCAAACUGAACACACAGAUCCCAGUGGAGGAGCUGCUAGAGGCUGUGAAGAGUUUUAAGAGGGCAGAAAUAGAGGCAGAGCAGACAGAGGAUGAAACAGACAACAGGCACAGUGCUGGGCGUCUGAGAGAGUAUCAGCAACUGUCCUCCACUCUGUUGCAUCCCUGCAAUGCUGGGAAGGAGCUGUGUAAUCAGAGCAAGAACCGCUACAAGAGCAUCAUCCCAUAUGAUCACUGCCGUGUGGUGCUGCAGCCCUCUGGCCCAGGGAAUGACUACAUCAAUGCCAGCUAUGUGGAUAGCUACCGGAGUCCACGCUUCUUCAUCGCAGCUCAAGGCCCCUUGCCUGGGACAGUGGUGGAUUUCUGGCAGAUGGUCUGGCAGGAGAAGACCUCAGUCAUUGUGAUGCUGACUGGCUUAGUGGAGCAGAACAAGACCAAGUGUGAGCAGUAUUGGCCAGAGCAGGAGCAAGUCUAUGGGGACUUCACUGUGACACUCAACAACACCAGGGCCACCACAGGCCUUGUCACACGCAUCUUCUGCCUGCAGAAGGCAGGCUGUGCUCUCCCAAGAGUGGUAGAGCAGUUUCACUACCUGCUGUGGCCAGACCACGGGGUACCUAGAAACCCUGCGCAGCUCCUGUGCUUAGUGGAGGUGGUGAACAAGAGAGUGUUGGAAACAUCUGCGGGACCUGUGCUGGUGCACUGCAGUGCAGGAAUUGGGCGAACAGGCACAUUCAUCGCCUUGGACUUCCUCCUGAAGAUGGGGAAGGCUGAGGGGAAGGUGGAUGUAUUCCAGUGUGUUCAGAGGCUGCGGGAGCAGCGGGUCUGCAUGGUGCAGACCAAGGAGCAGUACACUUUCCUGUAUGAGGUGCUGCUUGAAGGCUUGCUCUGUGGCAACACCAGUGUCCCAGUAGAGAGCAUCGCCAGCCAUAUCUACGGCCUUCAAGAAGCUGAGACCUCAAAGCACGACAGUGUCCUUGAGAAGGAGUUCAAGGCCCUGCAGAAGUUUUCUGAGUUGUUCCAGCUCCUGCCAUGCAGAGAAGCAGAGAAACCCAGCAACCAGCCCAAGAACCGCAAGCCAGGGAUCCUGCCAGCCGAUUCCUGCCGGCCCAUCCUGAUGUCCUCGCUGAACGCAGACGGCUUUCCAGGUUACAUCAACGCCGUGUUUGCCAACACAUACACCGAGGAGGACAGACUCAUCGUCACCCAGCUGCCUUUCCCCACCACGCUGGUGGAUUUCUGGGCUCUGGUCUGGGAUUACACAUGCACGUCGGUGGUUGUGCUGAACCAGCUUGAGGAGCUGGACAAGACUUACGUGGACUUCUGGCCCACCCAGGCUGAAGCUACCUAUGGGCGUUUCCAUGUCCACCUGAUCUCAGAGGAGCCUGGAGCUGGCUUCACAGCCUGGACACUUGCUGUCACCAACAGACAGCAGCCCAAGAAGUCUGCACUGGAAGUCCGGUUCUGGCAACUGAAGGACUGGCCUCUGCAGCAGCACCUUCCCCCGUACCCUGCCACCAUAAUCAGCCUGCUAGGGAAGGUGGAGACACACCGUCGGCAGAGCCAAGACGGACAUAUCCUCGUCACCUGCUCGGAUGGUGCCAGCCGGAGCGGGAUUUUCUGUGCUGCUAGUUUCCUGUGUGAGCAGAUCCAAAGCGAGGGGCUGGUGGAUGUAUCCCAGGCUGUGAGGAUGCUGAAAAAGCGGCGGAGACAGCUCAUUAAAGACGUGGAGCAGUAUGGGCUCUGCUACGAACUAGCCCUCAGUUACCUGAACUCAUUUGAAACCUAUGGGAAUUUCAAGUAG